AAAAUUCAUCCAAAGUUUGAUAACCACCCAUCCUUGUUCCACUCCUAAGUUAGAGGCACCCUGAAACCAGCAUCCCCAAAUAAAUGGCAACUUUCCACUCUUGACUUUAUCAGCAGAACCAUGCCCUUCCCGUGCAUGUCUCCCUCUUAGGCUUUGCUGUUUGCUCUCUUAUCUCUCUCUUUUUUUUUUAUCUCUGAUGCAUAACUCUUUUUGUGCUUAGUCCUGUCAUGUUUUCUUUCUCGAACCAUCUUUUCCACAAGACAGUGGAAAGUACAAACUAUGGCUACGGCCUGUGGAAGCCUUCAACACAUAUUUGACAGGCCAUUACCAGAAAGUCCAACUCUACUUGAGCCCUUUCCUUCAUGGAAACAGAUUAAAACCAUGAACCCAAUCCCAGAUUCUUCUUUUGCAGAGAUUUUUGGAGAAGUACAUUUCAAGGAGAAUGAAGUUGUUGAAUCUGUUGAGUCCCCCUCUUCCUCUUCAUCUUCUCUUGAUCUCCCUGCUGAAUCAUCUUCUUGCUCAUCCUCAUCGUCACCGUCAUCGCUGUCCUCUUCAUCAUUGUUGGCAGAUAUAUAUCAACAAAAUAGGAUUGAAAGUCCACUUGACAAGGAGGAUGACAGCAGCAAAAGCCCCGCAUCAAGCUAUUGUCCAACGCCAAGCCACGAGAAAUAUUACAAGCACAGUAAUAGCUUUUCUUCCGUGAAUUCGGAGAGUUUAUCAUUAUGCACGGAGGGUCUUGGAUUUGAAAGCUCUGACGAUGUGGAGGAUUUGGGAAAUGAGACUAGUUUUGACAUUCAGCAGGAGCACCAGCCCCCAGAGGAGAAAAUAUGCUUUUUUAAGGAAUCAAAAAGGUCAAGAACAAUUAAAGGGUCAUUUCCUCCACCAAUUUCUUGUAUAGGAAGGACAGGAAGGCCUUGGGUGUCUUUUAGAUCAUAUAGACAAGACGGCAGGUUUAUUCUUCAGGAGAUUAGAUUUCCGACUCAAGAGUUUCUGCAUGCAUGCAGAGAAGAUGGACGUUUGAGGUUGCAGCUUAUUCAAUCAGAUGAUGAAAUUCUUGAGGGUGAGGAGGAUGAGGAAGAUGAAGAGGAUCAUUAUGAUUCUGAGGAAGUAAAUUUGGAAAACGAUGGUGAUGAUAGCGAUGAUGAGCAUGAGCACCGUUAGAAUAUUGCAGACAGAAGAGAGAUUGAAAGAAAUGAUGCUGGAAAGCAUGUUCUAAUCAGGACCAACAAUAACCAAGAUAGCUCACAAAAUAGGUAGAGAAGCUCCCAGUCUUGUUUGAUUCUUUCUGCAGCCAAAACUUCCAAGUUUGCGGCAUGUUUUUGUGAUCUUAAUUUGGAAAUAAAUAGAAUAUUGAUAUAGGCAGAUGGUGAAUUCACCUUUAGAUUUUCCAGCAGACAAUUUUUGUUUCUUUAUUUUCUCAUUUAUUUCUUUGCAGUAUUUCAUUCUGCCA